UACUUGAAACAUUAUGAGUUUUCAAGAAAUAUAAAAAAAGAAUCAGUGAAGCAUCUAACAUGCACUGAUUGACAGCAGGAGGCUCGACAACAGUUGGUCCCAUUUUGCCAAUGAAGUGUUAACAUCAGCCGUCUUCUUUCCCCUCCCACCACAACCUAUUUAAACACACAUCUGCCCUUAUAUUGCGUCUUUAGGAACCCAUUUGCACACAGUCGCGAGUAACUAGCAUCUACUGUUGAAGAGACGUGAUGGCUGUGGCAGAUCCCGAGUGUGGAAUAUCAAACGGCGCGGAUUCCGCCUCCCCGUUUUCUGAUAUUAUUGAACUAAAUGUGGGAGGACAAGUGUAUGUGACACGACACACGACUUUAAUAGUCGUUCCGGAUUCUCUCCUGUGGAACAUGUUUAGUAAGAAAACACCGACAGAGCUGGCACGGGACAGCAAAGGUCGCUUCUUUCUGGACAGGGACGGUUUUCUUUUCCGCUACAUUUUAGACUAUCUACGGGAUCUAAAUCUGGUUUUGCCAGACUAUUUUCCGGAGAAGAGCAGAUUACAGCGGGAGGCUGAGUUUUUUAAGCUGCGGGAGCUGUCCAAGCUCUUGAGUCCCAAAAUGAGUAAAGACAACUCCAUCACCGAUGAGAUCUGCCAGAGUGAUUCAGAGGAGCCGAGCGCGCCCCCGCUGCUGGGACCCGACGCCUCGCGCACGCUGUCCGUCACCAGCGCCGCUCAUUCACCUUCCCUGGAGUCCAAAAAGUCGGGCUACAUCACAGUCGGUUACCGGGGCUCAUAUACAAUCGGUAGAGACAUACAGACAGACGCCAAAUUCAGGCGGGUCGCAAGAAUCACGGUGUGCGGGAAGACUUCUCUGGCUAAGGAGGUGUUCGGAGACACUUUGAACGAGAGCAGAGACCCGGACCGACCUCCAGAGAGGUACACAUCGCGCUAUUAUCUGAAAUAUAAUUUUCUCGAGCAGGCGUUCGACAAGCUGUCAGAGUUUGGUUUCCAUAUGGUCGCGUGCAGCUCUGCAGGCACGUGCGCUUACUCCAGCAGUGACCCAAACGAGGACAAAAUCUGGACAAGCUACACAGAGUAUGUUUUCUGUCGAGAAUGAACCAAAAUGUGUUGCAUUCGAUUGUGUAUAUAGGCAUUCCACUACAAGAGUAAAGUUUCAGCCGUCUCGGAGAGGUGUAAUGGAGUUCUUCACAAAUUUCUAAUUAUGUGCAUCAUAGACCUGGCUCCGAGACUUUAACAGCCUGCUUCAUGCUUUAACAAAUGCAGAAUAACGGCUAGCUAUCAUUGCGCCUUCAUAGCUUCAUAUGUUUGCAGAUACAGUCUUUUUCGGAUUUGAGGGUCUAUUCGUAUAAAGUCCAAGAUGCGUUUUCUACUUGUUGUUCUUGUUGCAUGUAUUUAAAAUGACCACAUGCAAUAUCUUUAUUCCUGGGUCAAUGAUUUAAAUUAAAAUUAAAUUAAAUUUAUGCAUUUAAUUUAACGGACGAUUACACUUUCAGGAAAAGUCUAUUGCUGAUACAUUAGGCAACAUUCUGGAAAAACCCAGACAUUCAUAUUCCUUUGUGUUCAUCAGACUGGUAGAUCUCAAUGACACUUUUCCUUGAUAAGUUCAAUUGCAUCUUUUCUCUGUGAUUAUCCUACUAAAACUGAAAACCUAAGUCUAAUUGAUGCCUUAAUUUCUUUAGUAAAAUUAAAGUGGUGCGAAAGUUACCUGUUUUUUUGACCACUUUGAAUUUAAUUCCAGAAUAAGAAAAUCAAAUGGAAGAUCUUAAGGAAUAAAAACUAAUAAGA